AAAAAGGAAAAGGAAACAAAUUAAGCCCUGGCCUAUAUCUGCACCUUCAAAUAUACUUAUCAUCUUCCGAUCCAUUGGAUCAAAUACUUAGCAAAACACUAAACAUGGAUUGCUUAUCCCCAGAUGGGGACUCCAUUACUGCCGGGGUUCGUGACAGAGACUUGGAGAGUUUGCUGAGCCGCAAGAAGCUUCACCUUGUCCUCGACUUGGACCAUACUCUGGUCCACUCUGUGAGGUGUUCGAGACUAUCCGUUCAUGACAAAGAGUUGCUCAAGAAAUCCAAGUAUGAAGAUUCGUUCUUGUUUGACAAGGGUGCUAGGGUACUGAAGCUUAGGCCGGGGGUGCGGGCUUUCUUGGAGAAGGCCAACAGAAUGUUCGAUUUGUCUAUCUACACCAUGGGCUGUGCUGAAUAUGCAAAGAGGGUUUCGAAGCUUUUCGACCCUGAGGACUCGGGAUUGUUCGGAGAUCACAAUUUGAGGAUCUUCUCCAGAAAAAAUUGCACCACCGAGAAGCAAAAGGGGUUGGACAUUGUUUUAUCCCAUCCCAGAGUUGUGUUGAUUGUCGACGAUACGCCUACAGUUUGGGCUGAGAAUGACAGGGAGAAUGUCUUGACCAUAUCACCAUAUUGUUUUUUCGGGAAGCAGAAGGGCAGUGCUGAGAGUGUUUUCUAUGAUGAGAGCAAAGAACAUGAUAGGGAGCUUGAUAGGGUUCUUGCAGUACUGAGUGAGGUUCACUUUAGGUUUUAUUAUUAUGACAAUUUUGAAGGAGAUUGUGGCAGCAGAGAUGUGGUGAAAGUGCUGGAAAUGGUUCGAACUUCGAACCAUCUCUCCGCUGUUGUUUGAACCUCCAGAGAUCAAAAAGGUCAGGUCAUUUCCACCCAUCAAACAUGAUAAAGGUAAAUUUUAAACUCCCUAUGUCUUUUAUGGAUUAUUUUAAUGCAUCACACCACUAAUUUGAAAGUAUAAAUAUAUGCAUAUAUGAAGUCAAAUAAUUGUGUAUUCAACUAUAUAUGAUGGUGUUCUUUGUAAAUCAUAAUGUUCAAGUGUUUUGCAAAGGAAACAAUUAUAAAAUAACAGAACUCUUUUUUUAGAGAUGAUUAAACUUUUUGUUGCAUU